CUGUGAAUAUCAUCUCCUUGUUUUAGGUUAACUAGGGUUUCUUGAAUCAUCUAAGCACAAGGCAGAACCAGAGAGAGUAAUCCGUCGCAGCCAUGGGACGAAUGCACAGUGGAGGGAAAGGUAUCUCAGCUUCUGCUCUACCAUACAAGAGAACUCCCCCUACCUGGCUAAAGAUCAGUGCUUCAGAUGUUGAUGAGAAUAUCUGCAAGUUCGCUAAGAAAGGAAUGACUCCGUCUCAGAUCGGUGUCAUCCUUCGAGAUUCUCAUGGAAUUGCUCAGGUGAAGAGCGUGACCGGAAACAAGAUAUUGCGUAUUCUUAAGGCUCAUGGGCUUGCGCCUGAGAUUCCUGAGGAUCUUUACCACUUGAUUAAGAAGGCAGUUGCUAUUAGAAAACAUCUGGAAAGGAAUAGGAAGGAUAAGGAUUCCAAGUUUAGGCUGAUUCUUGUGGAGAGCAGAAUUCAUCGUCUUGCUCGCUAUUACAAGAAGACUAAGAAGCUUCCCCCUGUCUGGAAAUACGAAUCGACCACGGCUAGUACUCUGGUGGCAUAGAAGAGAUCAGGAUUUGCCAUUUUCGUGUUUUUUGCUGUGGUAAAAUUAUGUAGUAUCUAUUAUCAUCAAACAAGAUUUUUUGCUGCCUGAUUCCUUAAAACGGUUCAAAAGAUUUUUUUGUUAAGUCACUAUUUUUUAACUAGAGAUUAUUCAUCCCUUUAUGACUA